AUGGCAACUACACUAUUUCGCACGCUACUGCUUUUGACAGUCUCAUUCGCGUCCUGUGGCCAUGCGGCAGAUCCUGCUCGCUAUGGACAAGAACAGAUUGCUCUGGACGAUGACACUAUCCAAUACCAAGAGGCCUGCCCGGAGUAUACGCAGUACUCUGCAUAUCCUCACCGUCCUUUGAGCGAAGGUCCCCUCGAGCUACCUUACCAGCGACCGCACCCAAAGUGCCGCACAUUCCACUCGGAUGCCAUAGAGAAGGUCAUCGCUGAUAUGGUCGCUCGCGUAAAAGACCCCGACCUAGCACGACUAUUUGAGAACACGUUUCCAUCUACGACAGACACAACUGUCAAGUUUCAUACAAGCGGGUCAACAGAGACGAAACGGGACCAAAUAAAUACGGACGCAUUUGAAGAAGGACAAUGGGAGGGGCCACAAUCAUUCAUCAUCACUGGAGAUAUCAUCGCGGAAUGGCUUCGAGACUCCACAAACCAACUGUCGCCCUACCAAGCUCUCGCGAAAAAAGAUCCUAAGAUAUACCAACUGAUACUCGGCGCUAUCAAUACCCAAUCCGAGUAUGUCAUCGAAUCGCCAUACUGUAACGCUUUUCAGCCUCCGCCCAUUAGUAAUUUGCCCGUGACGAGUAACGGCCAGGACGAUGUCGUACACCCCGUGUAUGAUCCAUCAUCUGUUUUCGAAUGUAAAUAUGAACUGGACUCUCUGGCACACUUUCUGGCUUUGGGCAACGACUUCUACGAACAUACCGGUUCCAAAGAAUUCCUAAACCCACGGUGGUUUAAAGCAUUGAGAACGGUAUUGGCUGUGCUAGUAGAACAGGAAGAGCCAACCUUUAACGAAGAGACCGGUCGGUUCCGUCGCAACCAGUAUACGUUCAGCCGGACUACCAAUAUAGGCACAGAGACUUUGAACCUCAAUGGUGUGGGCAACCCCUUGAACGGUGGUACCGGUUUAAUCCGAUCGGCAUUCAGACCGAGUGACGAUGCAACAAUUUUGGGCUUCUUCAUCCCUGCAAAUGCUCAAAUGGCCAUGGAGUUGAAGCGAACAGCAAAGGUUCUUAAGGAUGCCGGUAAAACGGAGUUCGCGCAAACCGUGUCGGAGUGGAGUCAGAAGAUCACAAAAGGUAUCUGGGAGCAUGGUGUUGUCGAACACCGAAAGUUUGGCAAAGUCUUUGCCUACGAAGUGGACGGCUAUGGGUCAUCUAUUCUCAUGGACGAUGCGAAUUACCCAUCUCUUCUAGCGCUACCACUCAUGGGUUUCGUCGAUAUUAGCGAUGAAACUUACCAGAACACUCGAAAAAUGCUCCUCUCAAAGUCAUCUAACCCCUACUACCUUAAGGGUAGGGAUUUUCACGGUAUCGGAGGGCCUCACAUUGGUCUCUUGAAUGCAUGGCCCAUGAGUCUGCUUGUUCAAGCGCGGACGUCGGACAGCGAUGAAGAGAUAAAAGAGUGUAUUGACCUAGUUUUGCGUUCCAGUAAGCUGGGUUUAAUUCACGAGAGUGUAGAUGUGAAUAUGAUGAGUUCCUACACAAGGAGUUGGUUCGCUUGGGCUAAUGGGGUUUUCGCAUCGACAAUGCUUGAUAUUGCAAAGCGUAAACCACACUUGAUAUUUGCUGAUUCAAUACCGUAUGAUGUUUCGAAGAUAUGA